AGGAAGCGAGUAAAUAGUAAAUGGGAUUUGUAAAUGAGGGGCUGAACCAUUUAAUCAUGCCUCAUCAAGUACCACGUAAGCGAAAGGAAAAGGAAAAAUGGCCGGAAAAAUUACCAGACGAUGGCCAAAAGACGUCCAAAUCAAACCAAAAUGUUGGCUUCUGGGGUGAAGACUCGGAAAAUACCUCUAGGGUAAGUAAACCCAGGAAUGACCCAUCUGGCGAAAAAAGGUCGCUUCUCAGAGGCUGUUUCUGCCGUUGUCUACAUUCUUUGAAGUGGGUGGUAUUCUUGCUGGUUCUACCCGCCAUCCUUAACCAUGCGUCUCUCUAUAAGGAAGCAGAGUAUCUGAAACCCCAAGGUGAACUGUUAUCUGUAGGUUUAGAAGAUCACAAGAUGUUUAUCAGGUGUUCAGGGGAAGGAGAACCCACAGUAAUUUUAGAUGCUCCAACUGGUAUGUCAUCAGAUGUUUGGUGCCUGGUCCAGCCAAGAAUUGCAAAGUUUACUAGAGUGUGUUCGUAUGACAGGACUGGUCUUGGAUUCAGCUCUUCUUAUCCGUACCAGUUUCCAAAACAUGAUGAUGAUGAUGAUGAUGAUACUCCAGGUCCUACAUCCAGCAAAAUGGCAAGCAGCAUUACCAAAGGGCAAGAGAGUACAACAGAGAGGAUGGUGGAUGAUCUACACUCGUUACUUCACAUCAACUAUACCGACACCAAGCCUCCGUUUCUUCUUGUGGGGUCAGAAUUAGGAGCUGCAAAUGCCAUGUUCUAUGCACAGAUGUUUGAAAAAGAAGUUAGUGAUAUUGUCCUCAUAGAUCCUCUAGUGGAGGGCAUCUUUGAGAUAGACGAGGCAGUCUUGGAGCAAUUCUGGUAUGGUCAUCUGGUGCCCACUCUACAGUCUCUUCAGCUCUCGGCUGCUAUUGGUCUAACAAGGCUUGGAUUGAUGUUUGGCCUGGUAGAACAGCCAAUCAGAGGAGAGGUUAUAUCAGAAACAGUACAGGCUAGACAGAAAUAUUUAAUGUGCUUGCCAAGACACAUCAGAGCAGCUGUAGAGGAAUAUUUUUGGGCCAACAAAAGUUUAUCACAGAUAAAAACUGCAUACAAAGUUAAGCCUUUCCCACAGAAUGUAUCUGUGACUGUGAUCACAGGCAAUUAUUACGAUGAAGAACUACCAAGUCAGUUAAAUAAGGUUUGGGCAAAAGCCACUCAAAAGCUGGUCUCCUCCAUACACCCGUCAGCCAAACACCUACUCAUAAACGGAGCAGACCAUCAUAUGUUAUAUCGCAAUCCCAACGCAGUCGUAGAACCCAUCAAGAAACUGGUCAAGCAUUGGAGGCAACGACACAGUAAAUCGUCCAAAGGAGGAUGACCCUACCCCAAAUAGUUAAUUUGUUUUUUUUAAUAGUUCCAGUAGUUAAUGAUUUUAAUUAGUUUUACUGAUUUUUGAUAAAAAAAUACAGAACUUGGAUAUACAUGACUUGUACAAUCUACAUUGCUUCAUAUCCAGAGGUACCAGAAAAAAAAGAAGAAAAAAAAUUGUUGGGGGGGGGGGGCACAUGUCACUCCUCAAGUGCCCCUGUAUCCUCCUAAAGGCCACACCACUGAGGGGAACUUACAUUGUAGUGAUAGAUUUUUUUGAAUUCAUAGCUUUAGAAAUUCAAUAGUUUGGUUCAAUUUUGGCUACUGGGGUAUUCAAAUAAUAUGUAUACAGAUGGGAGUUGUUGCUACCUUGUUUGGCGUUCAACAAUAAGGGAUAGAGCAACGUCGAUCUGGCACUGCUCAGUGGCUGCCGGGCUCA